UUACUGCCUUUACGCUACUACGAGCCAUGUAUACACAAAAACUUUCACACAAAUAAAGGUAUGUGGUGCAACGGUUGGGCUGGUUAAGUCGAAAGAGUGUGUGAUCCUGCUUAUCAGGCAUGGAAGACAGUGAUGAAGAGGAAAGCUGCAGCAUAUACCCGAGCCUUUUCCCAGUUCCCCUUGGGGGUGAGCUGACGGCUAGGAUGCAAGAGUUGGUAGAGGAACAGACAGAACUCAAUAUGUGGACCGCUGUGCUGAUUGGGGCUGUGACGGUAGUUUCCAUCGUCGGUGCCAUUGUUUUCCUACUUUACAGAAGAUACAAGUCAUCAAAAGAAGAGGCUGGAGUUCCUCAUUAUCGAUUCAGGAAGAGAGACAAGGUGAUGUUCUACGGCCGAAAGAUCAUGAGAAAGGUUCAGACAUUGUCCUCGGUUCCACCUUCCAACUCAAACUCAGCAUCCCGUCAGAGAGUGAGGAAGAGGACCAAAGUCCUAUCUAUAGCUCGCAAGAUUCUACGCAUUCGAAGGGAGCCCCCGACCCUGCAGCCUAAGGAGCCCCCUCCCUGUCUGCUGGAGGCUGAUCUGACAGAGUUUGAUGUGCAGAACUCCCAUCUACCCUCUGAGGUUCUGUACAUGCUGAAAAAUGUCAGGGUACUUGGCCACUUCGAGAAGCCUCUGUUCCUGGAGCUGUGCCGUCACAUGGUGUUCAUCCAGCUGCACCAGGGGGAGGCUCUCUUCAGACCGGGAGACACCGAUGAUAGUAUUUACGUGGUGCAGGACGGCCGUCUGGAGCUCUGCAUCCAUGAGAGUGACGGUACAGAUGCUGUAGUGAAGGAGGUUUUACCGGGGGACAGUGUCCACAGUUUGCUCAGUAUCCUGGACAUCAUCACUGGCUACCCGGCGCCUUAUAAGACAGUAUCUGCCCGUGCUGCUGCUCCGUCCACCAUCGUUCGUCUUCCAGCUGCAGCUUUCCAGUCAGUCUUUGAGAAAUAUCCAGAAACUCUGGUCCGCGUAAUCCAGAUCAUAAUGGUGCGUCUCCAGAGAGUGACCUUUCUUGCCUUACACAACUACCUCGGCCUCACCACUGAGCUUUUCAACCCGGAGAGUCAGGCCAUCUCCUUGGUGUCGGUGGCUCACGUCCUGGGUGAAACUCACCCACACAGAGGAAUCCGCAGGCUGCCUUCUCACACUGAUGAUCUGGGCUCUGAAAAAGCUGAUGGAGAGAAGUAUGGUCAGUUUGAUUCAUCUGCAGCAAGAUACAAGAAAUCACGUUCUCUCUCCAACCCAAUGGCUGUCACAGGUGAUAUUUCUAAAAGCCUCAACGCAGUUUAUGAACGGGCUCGACUUGCCAAAGAGGAAACGGUUCCUCUGAGUCCUGUGAAGUCUAUUCUUAAGAAGAGUGUGACAAUGCAGCACGCUCCCUCUGCUGUUUACCACUACAGUGAUGCUGGAAGUGGGAAUGUCCACCAUAAUAAAAUCAGUGCCAUUUUCCAGGCUGCCAAAAAGGAUCUACUGCAGGUCAUCCAAAUAGAGGACCUCAGCUUACUGGAGGGGAGGGUGAAUCUCCGUCAAGUCAAAGCUGGUUCUGUUGUUGCAAACCAGGGCGACCAGGAUGUGAGCGUGGCCUUCGUUGUCUCUGGAUUGCUCCACGUCUACCAGCGAAUGAUUGACCGUGAGGAGGAGUCCCUUCUGUUUGUCACCCAUCCGGGAGAGAUGGUGGGUCAUCUGGCCGUUCUCACCGGAGAGCCCCUUAUCUUCAGCGUACGAGCUCACCGAGACUGCACCUUCCUGUCCAUAUCCAAGGCCCAUUUCUACGAGAUUAUGCGUGAAGAACCCAGGGUGGUGUUGAACGUAGCCCACACUGUGGUAAAGAGAGUAUCUCCUUUCGUCAGACAAAUUGACUUUGCGUUGGACUGGAUGGCAGUGGAGGCGGGACGAGCUGUCUACAGACAAGGAGACAAGUCGGAUAGCACCUUCAUCGUCCUCAGCGGCCGUCUGCGCUCUGUCAUUGCAAAGGAUGAUGGGAAGAAGGAGCUGGCUGGAGAGUAUGGUCGUGGAGAUCUAAUUGGUGUGGUUGAGGCCCUGACCCACAUGAACCGAGCCACCACGGUUCACGCCGUCAGAGACUCAGAGCUGGCCAAGCUUCCAGAAGGAGCUCUGAACUCUAUCAAGAGGAGGUAUCCUCAGGUCGUCACCCGGCUGAUUCAUCUGCUGGGGCAGAAGAUCCUGGGAAACAUGCAGCAGGUCAACGGUCCUCUGGCAGCACGAAGUCUGGCUCUCCACACCCCAACCAGUAAAUGGGAUGCCGGGAAUCCAGCGUCCAACCUGUCCACUGUGGCCAUCCUGCCCGUGUCCGAGGACGUUCCUCUGACUGCAUUCACUCUGGAGCUGCAACAUGCUCUCAGUGGCAUCGGUCCCACCCUUCUCCUCACCAGUGACAUCAUCAAACAGCGACUUGGCUCUGCUGCAUUGGACAGUGUCCAUGAGUAUCGUCUGUCCAGUUGGCUCGGACAGCAGGAGGACAUCCACCGCAUCGUCCUCUACCAGUCUGACUCCGGCCUCACGCCGUGGACACAGCGUUGUAUCCGUCAGGCCGACUGCAUCGUUAUUGUGGGACUAGGCGAGCAGGAGCCCACUGUGGGCGAGUUGGAGCGGAUGUUGGAGGGCAGCGCCGUCCGAGCUCAGAAGCAGCUGGUGCUGCUGCACAAAGAGGACGGGCCUCCGCCCAAAGGGACAGCCGAGUGGCUCAACAUGCGGAGCUGGAUCUCCAGACACCAUCACCUGUCCUGUCCACGCAGGGUGUUCUCCAGGAGGAGUUUACCCAAACUGAGAGAGUUGUACCAGCGUGUUUUUGAGAAGUGUCCUGACCGUCACUCCGACUUCUCCCGCUUGGCCAGGAUCCUGACAGGAAACAGCAUCGCCCUCAUUCUGGGUGGAGGAGGUGCCAGGGGCUGCUCUCAGGUCGGCAUCCUGCGCGCUCUGAACGAGGCGGGGAUCCCCGUCGACAUGGUGGGCGGGACCUCCAUCGGCUCCUUCAUGGGGGCGUUGUAUGCUGAGGAGAAGAGCAACAGCCGGAUGAGGGUCCGGGCUCGCGAGUGGGCCAUGGAUAUGACAUCUUUAUUUAAGAAGGUCUUGGACCUGACCUACCCUGUUACAUCCAUGUUUUCUGGAGCUUCCUUUAACUCUGGCAUUAGUUCUGUUUUCAAGGACAAACAGAUCGAGGAUCUGUGGCUGCCGUACUUCAACAUCACGACUGAUAUCACAGCUUCAGCCAUGAGGGUUCACACCGAUGGGUCCCUGUGGCGCUAUGUCCGGGCCAGUAUGUCUUUAUCAGGUUACCUGCCACCGCUCUGUGAUCCCAAAGAUGGACACUUACUCAUGGAUGGAGGAUACAUCAACAACCUGCCUGCUGAUGUUGCUCGCUCCAUGGGGGCGAAGGUUGUGAUCGCCAUUGAUGUUGGAAGCCGGGACGAAACCGACCUGACCAACUACGGCGACUCUCUGAAUGGCUGGUGGCUUUUGUGGAAGAGAUUUAACCCGCUGGCUGAGAGAGUCAAGGUCCUGAACAUGGCAGAGAUCCAAACCAGACUUGCGUACGUCUGCUGUGUCCGUCAGCUGGAGCUGGUAAAAGACAGCGAAUACUGCGAGUACAUCCGUCCGCCCAUCGACCACUACGGGACGCUAGAGUUCGGCAAGUUCGACGAGAUCGCUGAGGUGGGAUACCAACACGGAAAGACGCUGUUCGACGUGUGGCAGCGCAGUGGCGUGGUGGACAGCAUGAUGAAAGACAGACAUCAGGAGGAGUUCCACAAGACCAAAACUGGUCAUGUGCUCACAUGCCCGAACGCCUCCUUCACUGACCUGGCGGAGAUUGUAUCAAGAAUCGAACCUGUCAAGAACGCUGUGGUCGAUGAGGAGCUGUCUGAUGAAUACCAGACGGACUACGACGAGGAGGCGGUGGAGAGCGCUCUGUCUGACUUUGAGGCGUUCACGCCAGGAAGUGAACACACAGAGGGAGAGGAAACAGCAGACACUGCAGAGACUGAUGAAGAAAUCCAAAUCCGACACAGGAACAGGAAUUCCCGGCUGUGAUGCCCAGUGCAUUUAGCGUUCUAGUGCCUCCUUGCGAAAUGCAGAUGUGUCAACCAAGUGAGCAAAAUGGUCGGUUUAGGCCUGGAAACUUCAAAGUAAUUAAAUCAGUCUGUAGAAUUCCAGUAGCAUCAUAAUUUUUGUCUGAAACCCUGAAUGAAAGGAAUUCAGGGUUUUGGAAGGGCAUAAAAGGGUUAAAAAGGGUAAAAUCACAUGUUUGUAUGAUGAGCACUCAUUUUGUUUUAGUUCUUGAAAAUGUGCAGGAUUUUCCAAAAUAUAAGCCUUGAACUUUUUUUUUCUUUUUCAUAUGCACAUCACGCACAAAUGAACCACUAAUUGGACAUGCAGAGCCACUUUGUAGUUUGAUAAAGUUUAUAUUUAACCUUUUUGUAGCAUCACACUUUUAAAACACUAAACAUAGACGCUGUAUGCACAGUGUUAUCCUCAUUUCUGUGCAUGAAGGAGCAGGGAUAUUUGCACACCUCUUACUAUGAAGACUAAGGAUAAUAAGCUAUUUCACACAGAAGAUCACUAGUGUAUCACUAAUCGAUUGGUAAAUAGACCAGCGCAAAUACUGUAUUUCUCCUUUUGGUGAGAAAACCUGAUGAGACAACCUACAGAAUGAAGAUUAUGUCCCACUUCAUCCAGUGCUUUAGCCAUUAAAGCCUUAAUGAGACAAAACAACGGGUGUGACUGGAUGUGAUCGAGCUCUUCACUUGUCCUUGACAUCACAGAACUUUACUUUUCCGUCGUCUUUUUCUGUUUGAAGUGGCAGCUUUAUAAUCUUCACAUCAUUGUAGGAACAAAUACCGUCAACAGCCUAACAGAAGACAUGACCUGUGCCUAAAACUAAAGCCUCGCUGUGUUUUUGUGUUGGAAUGUGGGAAACCUGUUUGUAGUAUUUCAAUGAGCUCGAGUAGGAGAAAAAAAACCCCGGCAAUUACUGUGAGAUUAUACCUUUUAUAUGUGCCAUUUAUGUCUGUGUUACCGUGGUUACAGAGCCCCUGUGGUGACUGAUUCACUGUGUUUUUACUAGAACGGUAAGAGUUUAGUGCUUUUAUACAGUGUGUUAUAAGUGUCGUCGUUUGUGAUUUGACAGAGUAUGUACCGCUGUGUUAAAACAGUUUCUAUAGAUGCUGCUUUGUUCGGUUGUUUAAUUACAGUUUUCAUUGACCUUACGUAACAGCGAUUAUGUACUGUUUUUUUUUUGUUGUUAUUGUUUUUUUUCUUCAACCUGUGAUGAUGUAAAAGCAGAUUAUUUCUAGACACGUCCGUGUAAUUCAGUGUUUUGUGGAAUCUGAAACUGUUGAUGCUGCAGUAAAAUAAACAGUGUGACUGUCA